CACUGUUAGCCUGCCUGUUUCUGUAAGCUGUUGCUGCUGAUCCGAUUGCUAGACACACUGCUGUAUCAUCCUGCUGUGGAAGCUUCCUGUCUGGUGAGAUACAUAUAGAGAAACCAGGAUGUCUUAUGGAUCCAUUGAUGGGGGGGCCUUUGGCAGUCGAAACCCCUUCGGUGGGCUGGCAAGGCAGGGCUACCAGCCAGUAGCCACACAGGUCAGUCCUUCAGAGCUACAAGAUGUCUUCCAGGAGACUUCCUCCAACAUUUUCCAGAUCAAUGCCAAUGUUGUGACACUGGAGAAGAGCCUCCAGUCACUAGGGACAUCCAGAGACACAGAAGAGCUGCGGCAAAGCCUGCACUCCAUCCAGCAGCAGACAAACAAAGUCAUCACUAGCACCAGCCACCUCAUCAAACAGCUCUCUGACAUCAUCAGUGGCUCCUCCCGGCAGGACAGGCUGAGACUAACCCGUCUGAAGAGUGAGUUCUCUGAGUCUGUCCAGCGUUAUGGAGAUCUACAGAAGAAAAUUGCAGACAGAUCCCGGGCCUUGCUUCCUCCAGCACAAAAGGAAAGGACACAAAGUCCCCAGACACCCUUUGCAAAGCUGUGUGAUGAGGAACCUGUGUUCGGUGCGCCAGAGGCCCAGGAGGGAGAGGGGCUAGCCAUCCUGUCGGAGAUUAGCGAGGAGGAUGUGGAGGCCCUCAGGCUGAGGGAGGAGGCGUUGCUACAGAUAGAGAGAGACAUGCUGGAUGUCAACCAGAUAAUGAAGGACCUGGCCUCUCUGGUACAUGAGCAGGGGGACAGUAUUGACAGCAUUGAAGACUACAUCCAGACAACAUCCUCCAAUGUAGAGUCAGCCAAUCAGGAACUUGCCAAAGCCAGUCGCUACCAGAAACAGGCCCGAAGAAAAAUAUGCUACCUCAUACUGGCAGGAGCAGUGGUCUUGACCUUUUUGGUUAUCAUAAUUGCAGUCUCAGUAAGAAAAUGAAGAGUCAGAACCUGCAGCUCCAGAGUUUCCUUUCCGUGCACUGAUUGAGUAGGGGGAAUGAAGUCUCCCACUUCUCAGUUCUCAUCCUGGCUGGUCACUGAAUGCAGUAGCUGACAAGGUGGCUACCAAUUAUGUCUGCAGUGUGUCAACUUACAAGACUUCAGCCAAAGCCCUUCGCUCUCUUCCCAACCUUGACUCUAUGGUGCCCUGUUCCUAUAUCAUCUGUAAGAGCAAGCCACAGUCCACAAACAUCCUUAUUGCAUACACUCUUUUGAAUUGACAAUGUGCUGUUCGACUACCUUAUACUUAAUUUUCACGUGAGUGUCACAUUGUACACGCUAUUUAACCAGGUCCCCAGGUCCUCACGCCUUUCCAAGCUAGAACUGCACUCCUCCUCUUGCUCUCCAAUCACUUUUGGAACACAAAUGCAAUUCUUAAUAUAAAUGAGAACCAAGUGGUAGUUUGCUUGCUAGUGAACCUGUAGCUAUCCAUUUAAUAUUUAGUGUGUGCUUUUGACCAAGGUGGUUGUCCUUGAAAUAUGUUUUUUGUUAUUCUUUUACAAAAAAAAUUAGGCAGAUUAAAAAUAGUAUGUGUUUAUGUCAUGUGUACAGUACAAAUGUUGGAAUGAUCACACAAACAAAAGAGGCCUAAUCUGAACCAAAAAUAUCCCUCACAUCAUUGAUCCAAAUAGGAAGUUCUGGACUCACAACCACAUUCCACUGGUGUUUCCCUACCACCCUUACACCCUAUUCUAUUCCCAGGAGCAUCAGUGACAACCUCCUCAUCUUACAAGAUGAUCCUUCCACUGGAGCCCUCUUUCCUGAGCACCCCAUCAUCUCAAAUGGUCAACCACUUAAUCUGCGCAACCUUCUUGUCCACAGCUCCCAUGCACACCGGGUCCUUUCCCCUGCCACAGAAUCUGCUGCAUCACCUGCAAGUACAUAUACAGUAUCCAACACAUUUAAGGCCCCUCUUGACAAUUCUGUGUCACCCAGAUGACAUCAUGUACAGUACUUCUAGCAACUUCAUUUACUACAUUUCAUUCAGAAAAUACCCAGCCAUUUACUGUACAGGAGGAGACAGGAAGAAGACUGGCAGACCAUUUCAGAGAUCAUGUCAGAGCUGUGAGGAUCAAAGAUCUCUCCAGAUCGAUAGUUCCCCAUUUCACUUCUGAGAGCCGCAAUCUUUCUGAUCUCUCCGUCUUUGUCCUCACAGAAGGGUUGCUGGACCCCUAUGGCAGAAAGACAUUCAAAACCACAAUUAUCCUUAAACAUGAUCACACCCCCCUCCCCCCUCCUCUCUCCACAACAGACUCAUUUCCUUGUAAAUUCUCUCUUCAUCUUCUUCAUUCAUUUGCAUCUUUUGGCUUUCUACACCUCUCCUCCUUUUCUCCCUGAGUUUAGACACUCAUUCUCAUCUGCUUUAUACCCAUUUCCUCUCUGCUCCCAGUCCCUUGUUAACUACUUUGUCUUUUAUUCUACUUUGCCUUAUUUUUCUGGUACUUCCCCUUUCUCUCUCACACCUGAAGAAGGCUCCACAGCCAAAAAGAUGUGUUUCUUUACCUUGCAGCACAGAAUAAACCUUUACCCGUUUACAGCUACCUACUCGAAUGUAAAGAAAAUGUUAAUGUGUUAAGUCCUUGGUGUAAUUGUUCUAGCUUUUGGACAUGUGCAUGAGUCUCAGUUUUAUCCUUUGAGACUAUAGGAAAAAUCAUACAUCCUUUUUUAUAUAAAUCAACAUUCCAAUUCAACCCACAUUCCCUCAGGUGAACUAUUUUCUUGCAGGUGUUUCAUAUACAGGUGGCUUGCCACAGUUAGGCUUCACCUCGUACUGCCCAAACAAAGAAUUUAUAUAUAUAUAUACAGUAGAUGCUUUGGUCUACAUAGCACUUUUGAAGAUACUACUGCAGUUGGUCUGAAUUUGGUACAAAAAAAAUAAACAAGACACCUUAUCGAGCAUAUAACUUAAGCAAUGUUUCACGAAUUAACAAAAAUCACAAUACUGAAUAUACUGAAAAUACUGAAAUGGAAUACUUUAUCAGCUGAUUUUUGCCAUUUAAGAAUUGACCAAACAUUAUCUAGUUCAAAAUCAUAUUUUGUCUGACUGAGAGCUAUUCAUACUGCAGUAAAAACAAAGGCAUACAGUCCAUUCCAAAAUGUCAUAUGUGGGACUGUAAUCAUAAAACACAUUGUAUGAUGUACAGUAUGGUACUGUAUAUUAGGUACUACAGUAUAUUCCACUGAAUUUCCAAACUAAUUUAAAUGUUUUAGGCUUUUGGCCUAACCCUGCUAUUGAAGAAUGUAAUGCAAGGCCAGUUUUGAUAGUGAUUUGGCUUUAAACCUGGUUCACUAAUGGAGCCAUAGUCAUGCUCAGGGGCAUAAAGACAAGUCCAUUGGAAAAGCACCAGGAGACAUAAACUAAGGAGCUGUUGCAAGGAUAAUUAUGGGGUACAGGGAAGGAUUCAAAGUCAGAAACAUUGAGAAAGAGAUGUUUGGUACUGUACCUUUAUAUUUAGCAGAGUCUACUGUGGGGUUAUUUCUUGCACCUCAAACUUUCAAUAGAAACAUAAAUGUAAUGUAUAUAAAUAAAUAAUUCGAUUUAAAACGUUUCUUAAAUUAGCAAAAAUAUUUCCAUUUAUAAAUAUUGAAAGUAGAUUAGUAGAUCUUUUAAACUAAACAGAACACCAACAGGUCUACAAGUUCCAAAUAUUAUAUUUAAAACAAAUGUACCUUUGAAAUAAUGCAUGUUACAUUAUUUAUUUGAACAUGUAAAUACUAAUUUGAAAAUCAAGUCAAGAGAAUAACAUAUGCCUUAAACAGUGUCUUAUAAGCCUGAUUCAUUCCAAAAGCUGGACAUAAUUCAAUGCACAGUUGCUGGAAAUGUUCAGACAGACCGGCAGGUUUAAGCACCUGAUAACUAGUGACCAAGUGACUGAGGGAGCAUGUCUCAGAAGAGCCUGUUCUCAUCAGCAACACAGCUGAACCCUCCCCCACUCCAGUACAUGAUGAGAACAGGCCAGGGUGAAGACACAUAAAUGAUGUCUUUAAUCCUUACUUGAUGGCCUUAAGCACUCAACCUUAGCAUUUUAAUUAUGAGAAAACACCCCCAUUCUAUCUGCUACAAAUUUCAGCAUUCUUCGUGCUUGCUUCUUGAGAUGGACAUUUAGGGUUUAAUCUGAUCUCAUCUGCUGCCAAGCUACUAAUUUCACAAAGUAACCCUGUAUCGUGUACUACUUAUUAAAGCAGAUCACCAUUCUGUUAUAGAUCAAUAUUCAGCAUAUCCUGUACAGUAUGUAGAAUUUAAUUACACAUGGAUGCAUGGAUGACAUUAAAAGCCACACAAAUUCUAAUUCUAAAGCCACUUACAGUAGCUCCAGUUAAGCACAUAUGAAGACAAUAUGAACAGUCAUAAUUAUUCUUGGUUCCUAAAUUCAUAAGGACAAAUUUAAAUUAUUUAAGCUGCAUUGUAUAAUGCCUAUGUAACUGGACCAAACCUUUGGACUAAAUAAUCUAUGUUGUUAGUAAAUGUUCCUUUGUGCAUAUCUACAAAACUGUUAUGACUAAUUUAAAAGUUUUUGUUUGUUAUUUAUGAAAGUCUGAAAGUAGAACUUCUCAGCUAAAUGUAUUUUUAUUCUGCAAAGAAAUAAAAGGAUGCUAUGACUUUAACUGUUUCUAAACACUUUUGUGCACAGUUGCAUUGUUAAUUGUUUUGCUUAAUUUUAACUCAAAACCAAGAAAAAGCUAAAAUAAAAAUGUGGUUAAGGAGAUUCACUGCAUAUAAACAUACUCAAAGUGAAAGUAAUAUUAAUAUAAUUCAAAUUACUAAUUAUUGUCCUAUAGCCAAUGGUUUGGACAUAGAAUUUGAAUUCUGUCCCAAGGGCAUUAGAUGCUUUGCUUCAUUUUUGGUAACAGCAAAAUGUUUUCCAUGUGUGUUUUAUAUUUAUUCUUUUAGAAUUAUGAUGUAUUUGCUAGAUCCCAUUCUGCAUUUAAUCUAAUAAAUAUUUAUUCCAAAGCUA